GGCAUCCCUGGGUACCACCCGCAGCCUUGGGUACCACCCUGCAGUGCUGAGCAUCAUCCUGGGCAGCAUCCUGCAUCACUGAGCAGCAUCAUCCUCCAUCCCGGGCAGCAUCCUGCAUCCCUGAGCAGCAUCAUCCUGCAUCCCUGAGCAACAUCCUGCCUCCUUGAGCAGCAUCAUCCUGCAUCCCUGAGCAGCAUCCUGCCUCCUUGAGCAUCAUCCUGCCUCCUUGAGCAUCAUCCUGCAUCCCUGGGUACCACCUGCAUCCCUGGGUACCGCCCGACGUCUCUGAGCUGCAGCAUCCUGCACCCCUGAGCAGCAUCCUGCAGCCGCGGGUGGCGCUCAGCAUCGCCGGGUGCCGUCCUGCCCCCGGUGCCAGCUGUCCCCAGGCUGCGAGCAGCGCCCCGGGUGCCCGCCCAGCCCCGUUGCCCCCCCGAGUGAAGCCCCCCGAGCCCCGGCAUGGCCGAGCCCAGCUCCGAGUGCAGCAUCAAGGUCCUGUGCCGCUUCCGGCCGCUCAACCAGGCCGAGAUCCUGCGGGGGGACAAAUUCCUGCCCGUGUUCCAGGGGGACGACAGCGUCGUGGUGGGGCAGGGCAAGCCGUACGUCUUUGACCGCGUGUUCCCCCCGAACACCACGCAGGAGCAGGUGUACCACGCGUGUGCCAUGCAGAUCGUCAAGGGUGAGGGACGCGGGACAGAGGGGACAUGGGGACAGAGCGGGGACAGAGCGGGCACAGGGAAGCUGCACGACCCGCAGCAGAUGGGGAUCAUCCCCCGCAUCGCCCGCGACAUCUUCAACCACAUCUACGCCAUGGACGAGAACCUGGAGUUCCACAUCAAGGUGCCCCACCGCACCCCCCGUGUCCCCCCAGUGACCAAGACCAACCUGUCGGUGCACGAGGACAAGAACCGCGUGCCCUACGUCAAGGGCUGCACCGAGCGCUUCGUGUCCAGCCCCGAGGAGAUCCUGGAUGUCAUCGACGAGGGGAAAUCCAACCGGCACGUGGCUGUCACCAGUGAGCGACACGGGGACACGGGGGUGAGCAAGACAGGGGCUGAGGGGGCUGUGCUGGACGAGGCCAAAAACAUCAACAAGUCCCUGUCGGCGCUGGGCAACGUCAUCUCGGCGCUGGCCGAGGGCACGUUUUGGGGGGCAGGGGUGCCAGUUCCGGGGUUCCCGGUUUCGGGGGGCAGUGGUGCCAGUUUCGGGGUGCCAGGUCCGGGUGCCCCCAGGGCCAAGACCAUCAAGAACACGGCCUCGGUGAACCUGGAGCUCACGGCCGAGCAGUGGAAGAAGAAGUUCGAGAAGGAGAAGGAGAAGAACAAAGCGCUGCGGGAGACGCUGCAGCGCCUGGAGGCCGAGCUGGGCCGCUGGAGGAGCGGCGAGGCCGUGCCCGAGACGGAGCAGCUGAGCGAGGCCGAGGCGGGCACGGGCCCGGGCGAGGGCACGGGGGGGGCCCCCGAGGAGCCCCCCCUGAACGACAACAGCUCCUCCAUCGUCAUCCACAUCUCGGACGAGGAGCGCCACAAGUACGAGGAGGAGAUCCGCAAGCUCUACAAGCAGCUGGAUGACAAGGUGGGGACCCCCCGGGCUGCUGGGGACCCCCCGGACCUGCCAGGGACCCCCCCGGCCACCACGCUGUCGCUGGAGUCGGAGCUGUCGCGGGCGCGGGAGCUCGGGGGGCAGCAGCGGCGCCGCGCGGCCGAGGUGCUCAACGGGCUCCUGCGGGACCUGAGCGAGCUCAGCGCCCUCGUGGGCAGCGGCGACAUCAAACUGCCGGUGGAGGUGAGCGGGGCCAUCGAGGAGGAGUUCGCCGUUGCCCGGCUCUACAUCAGCAAGAUCAAGUCGGAGGUGAAGUCGGUGGUGAAGCGCUGCCGGCAGCUGGAGAGCCUGCAGGUGGAGUGCCACCGCAAGCUGGAGGUGACGGGCCGCGAGCUGUCCUCCUGCCAGCUCCUCAUCUCCCAGCACGAGGCGAAGAUCCGCUCGCUGACCGAGUACGCGCAGAGCCUGGAGCUGCGCAAGCGGCACCUGGAGGAGGCGCACGACGCGCUCGGGGAGGAGCUGGCCAGGCUGCAGGCGCAGGGAAAUGUUGGGGUGCCCGAGCUGAGGCGCCCGCGGGCGCAGGCGGCGCUGGAGCUGCAGCUCGAGAGCCAGCGCGAGGCCCAGCACAAGCAGCUGGCGCGGCUGCGCGACGAGGUCAACGAGCGGCAGAAAACCAUCGACGAGCUGCGGGACCAGAACCAGAAGCUGGAGCUGGAGCUGGAGCGGCUGCGGGCGGAGCACGAGGCGCUGCGGGCCGAGGAGAGGGCCAAGGCGGCGCGGCUGCAGGAGCUCACGCUCCUGUACGAGCGCCACGAGCAGUCCAAGCAGGACCUCAAGGGGCUGGAGGAGACCGUGGCCCGUGAACUCCAGACCCUCCACAACCUGCGCAAGCUGUUUGUUCAAGACGUCACGACUCGAGUCAAGAAAAGCGCAGAGCUGGAACCCGAGGACAGUGGGGGGCUCCACUCCCAGAAGCAGAAGAUUUCCUUUCUUGAGAACAACCUGGAGCAGCUUACAAAGGUUCACAAACAGCUGGUCCGUGACAAUGCAGACCUGCGCUGUGAGCUUCCGAAGCUGGAGAAGCGGCUGCGCGCUACGGCUGGGCGAGUGCAGGCCCUGGAAGGGGCGCUGAGGGCGGCCAAGGAGGGGGCGCGCCUGGACAAGCGGCGCUACCAGCAGGAGGUGGAGCGGAUCCGCGAGGCCGUGCGGGCCCGGGGCGCGCGGAGGGGGCCCGGCGCCCACAUCGUUCUGCUGGGGGUCGUCUGCUCGUCAGCCUCCACGAGCAAGUGUUCAGGUGUCGGGGUUGCGGGUCGGCUGCCCUCCUGUCCAGAAGAGUCCUUCUAUAACGAAGAGCUUCCCCUUCCAGGAUUUCUGGCGCGGAGGCAGUGA